CAGACACACAGUUAAACCUCUCACUCCCACAGACAGAACAAACACAGAAGAAGUAAAACCUGAUCCACGUCAUCCUCUGUGAAUUCCUGACUGUCAUCACAAGAGACAAACGUUUGAUGAGUUAUUGAAAACAUCAAAGACGUGUUGAAUACUAGCCCACACAGGUUUUUGAGGAUCUCAUGUGGCUCACAGGUGAACUGCAGGUAGAACUGAUCCCUUGUCACCCCCCAGCCGGCCCCGACUGCUGCAGCGACCGUUGGGUUAAUCCCAUUGUUACACAGAUUUAGUGCUAAAUAAAAGACCUCCAGGAACAGCCAAUGGAAAAGGCAGCAGCUAAAGAAGGGUAGCUAAAGUCAGCAGCUGGUUAUCGAUCUGUAUUGAAGGAUAAAACACUGAGGCAGCAGAAAUGCUGGUUAAAUACCAGGACACGUGUACCCGUCCACUCACCUGUCUGUCCUCCACAGGAGCUGGUGACGGAGCUCCACAUGCAGUCCAUCUUCACUGAUGUGGGUAAGCUGAGUCUGAAUGAUCCGUCUCACAGCGCCCUCAUCCCCGGCUCACUGGGGCAGACCUCCACAGCCUGGAUCAGUCAGUCCGGAGAGGCUCACUACGCUCUGGCUUCACCUGCUGGAGGCAUCAUGGUGGUCUCUCUGCCUCCUCAGGACACACAAGGCAGCAUGUCGGUGGUGGAGCUGAAGAGGAGCUCCAUGAUGCAGAGGUUGUCUGGCUGGAUGCCCUCAUCGAUUCGUGGGGACCAGACAGCUGACCUGGUGCUCAGUCUGGCUGUCAGAGAGCUGGAGGAAGACUCCUUCAUCUUCGCUCUCUGUCAGGACCACAAGCUGCGUAUGUGGUCCUUCAGGGAGCAGGCGUGUCUGCUGGAGGCCGACAUGCUGGACUACAUGCCGGCCUGCAGAGGACUGAAGCACCAGUCGGGCCAGGGUCACCGUCUGAGGGUUUCCUCGUCCUCCUCCGGCCUCGUUCUGUGCGUCUACCUGUCCGUCCCUCAGAGAGGACAGUUCACCGUCCUGCAGCUGGUCGCCACUGACAACAACCGCUACAGCCUGGACCACCUGUCCUCUCUGUUCAGCACGCAGGAGACUCUGGUGGACUUCGCUCUGACCUCCACAGACAUCUGGGCUGUCUGGCUGGACGACUCCAACACCACUGUUGUCAAAUACAUCAACUUUGAACAUAACACAGCAGGUCAGUGGAACCAGGUGUUUGUUCAGCCUCCACCUGAAGAAGAAGUCCAUAUCGGAGUGGACCAGGACCCCAGAGAGACGUACCUGGAGGUUCUCUUCUCUCCUCUACACUUCACAGCUUCAGCCAUAGUUAAAGCUCUACAGAUCUACCGCAGAGGCUCAGAGAGAAUCACUGAUCUGUCCUGGGACAGUCUGAAGAAAGAGGUGACCGUGGCUGUGGAGAGUGAGCUCCAGAGCAGUGUGACAGAGUUUGAGUUUUCUCAGGAGGAGUACCGUCAGCUGCAGGUUGAGUUCUGGUCUAAGUUCUACGCCUGCUGUCUUCAGUACCAGGAGGUCCAGUCUCUUCCUCUGGGUCUCACUGUGAACCACAACACAGGGCUGGUCUGUCUGCUGAAGAAGGGUUUCGUGUCGUUCCUCCUGCCGUGUUUCGCUGUGGAUCAUCUCUACCUGUCUUAUGACGAGUACCUGUUCUCAGAGGACGAGACCCCCAUCACUGAAGACCCCGAUCUGGGCCGUGACGUCCUGCAGCUGGUUCAGUGUCUGCGGCUGGUCAGUGAUGCGGUUUCUGGAGAGAUGGCCUAUGAGAUGGAGAAAGCUCUGGAGCACCUGGAGUCACCUGAGAGGGCAGCAGACCUGGUCCUGGAGAACCUGCUGUCCAAUGACGAUGAGAACGUCAUAGAGGAAAUCCAGAACAAACUGCAGGACAUUCGGAACCCGAUGGCGGCCAUGAUGGUCCUGCUGAGGGAGCUGGACCUCGAGACGGACUCAGACGCGGGGGGGGAAGGACCCGUCAUACCUGGUGGGACCCUUAAGACUUCUGGUUCAGACAUACAGACCCUUAUGACUCCUGGUUCAGACAUACAGACCCUUAUGACUCCUGGUUCAGAUAUACAGACCCUUAUGACUCCUGGUUCAGAUAUACAGACCCAUGUGGACUCCUGGUUCAGAUAUACAGACCCAUGUGGACUCCUGGUUCAGAUAUACAGACCCAUGUGGACUCCUGGUUCAGAUAUACAGACCCAUGUGGACUCUGGUUCAGAUAUACAGACCCAUGUGGACUCUGGUUCAGAUAUACAGACUCAUGUGGACUCCGGUUCAGAUCUACAGAUUCCUGUGGACUCCGGUUCAGAUCUACAGACUCAUGUGGACUCCUGGUUCAGAUCUACAGACUCCUGUGGACUCUGGUUCAGAUCUACAGACUCCUGUGGACUCCUGGUUCAGAUCUACAGACCCAUGUGGACUCCUGGUUCAGAUCCUCAGACUCAUGUGGACUCCUGGUUCAGAUCCUCAGACUCCUGUGGACUCUGGUUCAGAUCUACAGACCCAUGUGGACUCCUGGUUCAGAUAUACAGACUCAUGUGGACUCUGGUUCAGAUCUACAGACCCAUGUGGACUCCUGGUUCAGAUCUACAGACCCAUGUGGACUCCUGGUUCAGAUCUACAGACCCAUGUGGACUCCUGGUUCAGAUCUACAGACUCCUGUGGACUCCUGGUUCAGAUCUACAGACUCCUGUGGACUCUGGUUCAGAUCUACAGACCCAUGUGGACUCCUGGUUCCUGAUGUGCCUCUUGUGUGUUUGUUAACCCUGCUCUGUGUCUUGCAGGUCUGAACCUGAAGAUCAGCCUGUCUCAGCUGUUGGGCAGCAGCUCAGCGGUGUCUGUGGUCUGUCAAGCUGUCUGUCACCUGACUAUGACCA